AUGUCUGGUUCUUUUGGUCGAUACCCAUUAUUAUUUGUUGGCAUCGUCAGCUCCAUUAUUAUCUUUUCGGCUUACAUGUCAAGCGAAUGGCUACCGCUUGCCCGUUCAUCUGAUCUGGCGGCCUUGCUCUUCAGAGUCGAACCUCAUCGCUACGAGAGAAAUCCUGCACGUCUUGAAGAAAAGGCAAGUUACACUCUUUCGUACUCUCCCAUUGUGACGCUGACUCUCGUCUCCAGCGAAGGACUGUACAAGCGGACACCAGUGUAUUCGGGCGAGGAGGCGUACUACGACGAUGACAUUCGCGUGUCGGAAACAGCCGUAUUGGAGAUGGACAGGACGCUGCGUGGCAUCCGUCAAAGGGCCCGAAAGCUCCAGGGCUGGCGAGGCAAGAGCCACAUUAUAGAGCCGCUCAAGGUACAGAGGUACGGCGUCAACGGCUUCUUCAAUUUUCACUGGGACUGGGACACCCACGUGGAAGAGGGUAAUCGCGUUGCCACAUUCAUGAUAUUCCUCGAGGCCAACUGCACGGGAGGCGGCACAAACUUUCCCGACCUGCCCAUGCCCAAGGACGAUCGCUGGUGCGACGUGAUUGAGUGUGGCUCGAGCGACGACCAGAAUGUAUACAAAGGCGUCACAUUCAAGCCGAUCCAGGGAGCCGCCGUGUUCUGGGAAAACACUCACGUCAACGGCAGCCUCAAUACGCUCGUCCGCCACGCCGGGUUGCCCGUGGCAUCUGGUCAAAAGGUGGGUUUGAAUAUCUGGACGUGGGAUUCGGCGUGGCGUCCGCCCGCAAACGGGCCAAAAUCUGCUCCAUAG